CUUUCAGAUUUCUUCCAGGAGCGACUCUCACUGGGGAGCCGAUUUCUUCUCGGAUCUGACCACCACAGCCCUCAGUAAUUAUAGCAGCGUCUGAAUUCUGAGCUAAAAACAGAAGUGCAGCAUGUGCCUAUUCCCCAUGUGAUUCAGAAAGCAGGAAAUUGAAAGAGCCUGACUGAGAGGAGAGGGAGCGCAAAGCAAUAGACACAUCCAAUAUUUGUCUGAAACCUGCUACGCCUGGGACGCAGGAGCUGUCAUCUGCCGGCGCUGAUUCUGCGUGCAGCCUCAGCCCAGCCUGAUUGGGCGUAGUGGGACCGAAGGCGAGCGGGGAGAGGCGGCGGGGACAGAGUUGGGCUCGCCGCACCGCGAUGUAAACAGAGCGGAGCGGGAGGGAGCGCAGUGCCUUCAUGCUCCGAGGAGCCGGCAGCUGGCUCCGGGCUGCCCCGGCUCCGGCAGGGACCUCGCUGUGUCCGGCUCGAUGAACAAAACCAGGCACUUCGGAGGAUCUCCUGCCUGUGGAUAUAAAUAGGGGGCAAUCGGGAUGCGCUAGCUUUCUCCGCCGGCGCCGCCGCUCCUUCGUGCUCCGCGCCGCGGCUGGGACAGGGCGAUGGACAUGAACAUGAAGAAGUUCACAGUGCGCCGCUUCUUCUCCGUCUAUCUCCGCAAGAAGUCUCGGUCAAAGAGCUCGAGCCUGAGUAGAUUUGAGGAAGAAGGUAUUGUGAAGGAAAUAGACAUCAGUCAUCAUGUCAAGGAAGGUUUUGAAAAAGCAGAUCCUUCUCAGUUUGAGCUGUUGAAAGUAUUAGGACAAGGUUCAUACGGAAAGGUAUUUCUAGUCAGGAAGAUAAAAGGAUCUGAUGCAGGCCAGCUUUAUGCCAUGAAGGUACUUAAGAAGGCAACUCUAAAAGUUCGGGAUCGGGUACGGUCUAAAAUGGAGAGAGAUAUUUUGGCAGAAGUGAACCAUCCUUUCAUAGUCAAGCUUCAUUAUGCAUUUCAAACAGAGGGGAAGUUGUACCUAAUACUAGAUUUCCUGCGGGGAGGGGACCUUUUCACCAGACUCUCCAAAGAGGUGAUGUUUACAGAAGAGGAUGUCAAGUUCUACUUAGCUGAGCUGGCCUUGGCAUUAGACCACCUCCAUGGUCUUGGAAUUAUUUACAGGGAUCUAAAACCAGAAAACAUUCUUCUUGAUGAAGAGGGUCACAUUAAGAUAACAGAUUUUGGUCUGAGCAAAGAAGCCAUCGACCACGACAAGAGAGCGUACUCGUUCUGCGGGACGAUCGAGUACAUGGCCCCCGAGGUGGUCAACCGGCGCGGGCACACGCAGAGUGCCGACUGGUGGUCCUUUGGAGUGCUCAUGUUUGAGAUGCUGACGGGAUCAUUACCCUUCCAGGGAAAAGACAGAAAGGAGACCAUGGCACUCAUUCUCAAAGCCAAGCUGGGAAUGCCACAGUUUUUGAGCAUAGAAGCCCAGAGCCUGCUGCGAGCCCUCUUCAAAAGGAACCCCUCCAACAGAUUAGGUGCUGGAUUUGAUGGAGUGGAAGAAAUUAAGCGUCACCCUUUCUUUGUUACUAUAGACUGGAAUAAACUGUACAGGAAAGAAAUCAAGCCGCCUUUCAAGCCCGCAGUGGGGCGGCCAGAAGACACCUUUCAUUUUGACCCAGAGUUCACCUCUCGGACCCCUACAGAUUCCCCAGGUGUUCCUCCAAGUGCCAACGCUCAUCAUCUCUUCAGAGGGUUCAGCUUUGUUGCCUCUAACUUGGUGCAGGAGCCUGCGCAGCAAGAUGUGCACAAAAUCUCUGUUCACCCAAUUGUGCAGCAGUUGCAUGGGAACAACAUUCACUUCACUGAUGGAUACGAGAUCAAGGAGGACAUAGGAGUUGGCUCCUAUUCCGUGUGCAAGAGGUGUGUUCAUAAAGCUACAGAAACAGAGUUUGCAGUGAAGAUAAUUGAUAAGAGCAAGAGAGACCCUUCUGAAGAAAUUGAGAUACUCUUGCGAUAUGGACAGCAUCCAAACAUCAUUACUCUUAAAGAUGUCUAUGAUGAUGGGAAGUUUGUGUACCUGGUGAUGGAGCUGAUGCGGGGAGGCGAGCUGCUGGACCGCAUCCUUCGGCAGAAGUGCUUCUCUGAGCGGGAGGCCAGCGCUGUGCUGUGCACCAUCACCAGGACUGUGGACUACCUACACUCUCAGGGUGUCGUGCACCGAGAUCUCAAGCCAAGUAAUAUCCUCUACAUGGAUGAGUCAGGAAACCCAGACUCUAUCAGGAUCUGUGACUUUGGGUUUGCCAAGCAGCUCAGAGCGGAGAAUGGGCUGCUCAUGACUCCCUGCUACACAGCCAACUUUGUCGCUCCUGAGGUCCUUAAACGCCAAGGGUAUGAUGCAGCCUGUGACAUCUGGAGCUUGGGGAUCCUGCUCUACACCAUGUUGGCAGGAUUCACUCCUUUUGCAAAUGGACCAGAUGACACCCCAGAGGAGAUUCUGGCCAGGAUCGGCAGUGGCAAAUAUGCUCUUACAGGAGGAAACUGGGAUUCAGUAUCUGAUACUGCAAAGGACAUUGUGUCUAAGAUGCUUCAUGUAGACCCUCAUCAGCGCCUCACAGCAGUCCAAGUCCUGAGACACCCAUGGAUAGUGAACAGGGAGUACCUGUCUCAAAACCAACUCAGCAGACAGGAUGUUCACCUGGUUAAGGGUGCAAUGGCAGCCACUUACUUUGCUUUAAACCGCGCACCUCAGGCACCAAGGCUGGAGCCCGUAUUGUCCUCCAACCUGGCUCAGCGGCGAGGCAUGAAAAGACUUACCUCUACCAGAUUGUAGCAGUACCCCCAAAAGGCCUCCUUGGAAUCCCUCAGUUUAUUCUUUGAGAAAUUCAUCUUUACUUGGCUAGCAGAACCUUUUUGGACAACCUGCACAUGAAAUUGCCAGAACUAGCAGAAGCCCACGUAAGGCAAAGUUCUCAUUUGCUACAUCUUUUCUUUGACAUUCCAGCCAGGGUCCUGAGUUUAACAACUUCACAAAGAUGUGCCAGUUUUGCCAGUAGCUCUGUUUCUUUACAGAGAUAAAGCCAAAUAAAAUAGGCGAGCUCCUAUCCUUUCCACCCUAGAAAAACUAUUUUUGAGUCUGUAAGAUGUUCCAUGGGAACAGUUUUCAUUUGUUUCUCAAGAAAAGCACUUUUUGCUACAAAGAAUGCAGUUGGGUUAGAAUGCUGUUCCAGCAUGCAUCAUGAUGAAGUGACUUGGCACGAGUAGACAUCCACUGAUCUCCACUCACCCCAGGAAGAGUGAAGGCUCCAGAGACACAUGAGUAAUACCUUACUUGAAACAAGUGCUUAACAACAUGAGGUAGAGAGAGCUGGUGGUGGUGGAAAUACCUUCUGUUCUUGAAGAAUCUUUUGCACUUUGCCCCUGCCUUCUCUGGAAUGAAGCUAGCACCUCUCAAGGAGAGUGUGCCACCAGCUCUGACUUGCUCAGAAGUCUCAGAGAGCAAGAAACCUCUGAGAAUCUCAGUCUUCUGAGGAAAAGAAUGGGUCUUAUGAGACUGUGGGGAGGCAUUCAUGUAGAGCAGUGUGAGUAGGAGGAGCCUGUGGAUCAGGCAGGAGAAAAGUGUCUGAUCUUGGCCGGCAAACAGGUCUGGGAGGAUGAGGUGAGGGAGCUGGGGGAACUGAACAAAGGCAGGGAAAGAUGUGAAUGGCUUUGAGGACAGCAAGAAAAAUAAUGCAAAGGCAACUAGUGUCCAAGUGGCUGGGGGCACACUGUGACUCCCUCUCAAAGCAGGGGACAGUCCCCCUUCAGUGACUGGUGCAGAAGACAGUGGGUGGCUGGGCUGCCCAGUGGGUCGAGGCAGCCAUCCACCCUCCCACACCAUCACCCAGUCUGCUCACCGAGAGCCGUUCUGGCAGCCCAGAGUGCCACGCUGGAGCAAGAGAGGCCAUUCCCAGUCCUUGUUCCCUGCCCUCCCCUGGCUGAUCACCCAAAUCUGCCUCCAUCACCCAACAUGUCAUGUCCCUGCCUGGGUGUUCUGCUCUAGCAGAGCUAAACUCCCCAUGCCGUGUGUGUGCAGAGAGUACCCACUUCUGAAGAGUUCAGCCAACUCUGUUACAAGCUUUAAUAAUAAUAAAUUAUGAGGAGAAAUGGGAGGAUGCUCUGCUUUUAUAUUUAUAUGAAUAUAUACAUGUGUAUUUAUAUACAUAUAAAACAAAAAUUCUGUGCCCUAAUACCUGGAUUUUCCAGGUCCAGGGAAAGGAAACUUUUGUUGAAAUGGUCUAUGAAAAAUGGACUUUUUUCUCAUUCCCUGGUUUCAAAGAAAGCAAGCAAGGUUUGUGGUGCCAGAUGUGAACUAUUUUUUUAUUCCUUUUCUUACCCAUCUUGGCUUAUUGGUGGUCACAAGCUGACCAAGAUUCUUCUUUGUACUGCUUUUGUUAAUUUUUAUUUUCUGAGUGAAUUUUGUCACCUCAGAUGCUUCGUGGGAAAAGCUACUGUGCUGUGUUGGCUUUUUUCUGUUGUGACAGGGGAGGGAAAAAAAAAGGAAAAAUGUGAACAUGGAGCUUCAUAUGCUAGACAUGGUAAUUUUUGCUUGCUGGGUAGUUUGUGCAUCUUGGUGCUGAACUGGAAUUACCAGAUCACUGCCUCAGAUUGUCCAAGGGGUUUCAUUUGUUAUAGUAAUAUUCUUCCUAAAACUAUCUCUGCUUCAAUGUUGACUGAAGUUUGUUUGUUUGCAUUAGUCUAUUUUUAAAUUUAAAUUUAUUCUUAAUAAUUUAAACUGAUAUUUAAUGUUCAAGUUUAUGUGCUGUGCACAGAGGAUCGCUGCAAAGCAGCUCUCCCUGAAGCCCUUCUCUUUUCUAAAAUAAACAAUUCUGUGAAACUUCACACAGAGGCUGAGUUGGCUGGGACUGAUGAGUGCAAAUGCACAGGUGGGUGUCUGUGCUUGUGUACCCAGCAGCCCACAUUCUCUCCUCUGGCUAAGCUAUGCUCAGUGUCAGCUUCUUGCUGCCUUUAGAAUUUUCUGCUCAUUAGAAGUUAAGGCUCACACGUUUCUGCUGGCAGCACACUGUGAGGAUAUCCACUGGCAGGGAUAUCCUGGCUGGUGCAGAACAGCUCUGGCCAGGCCUUGUUUCCCUUGAAGUGACUUCUGUCCUGGAAGAAGCCAAGGUGGGCAUAAAGAUGCAAAGGGCAACCUGGAGGGAGGGCUGGAUUUUCUGGGGUCCCCGCUGAUAUAUGCUGUUUCAACAAAACGUAUUUUAUGCUCAGAGUAAUUGUAAUGUAUUGUAUAUGGGCAGAAAGAUUGCUGGAAAUGUUGUGUACAGUUUUUGUCUCCCUCUGAGAUUUCCUGGUCAUCUCGCAUUUCUUCAGUUUGCUUUCCCUCACAACCACUGGAAAAAGUCUCAUUCCUUCUAGAUAUACCCAGUCUUAAUUCUUUGAGCUUUUUUUUUUUUGACUGAAUCUUACUGUAGGCCGAGCUAACAGGAUGUUGCUCUUCCCAAAGUUUAAGGGUUUUAAUCUCUUCCUGACUUUCCUCUCUCUAACCCACCAACUAUUAACAUAGAGACACAUACAGACUCACACAUCUAAAUGCUCAUUAAUUACUUUACAAGCCUGUAAAUAAUUUUAAGCCCAUACCUAUAGUGGGCUUUGUUUAUUAAGUUUUUGUUGCCAGUGCAUCCAGAUGCGUGCACAUAUGUGUCUGUAUGUAAACAGAUGCACAAAAGGCUGCUGUCCCAGCUUGUCCAAAUAAAGGUAGAAGUGUAGUCAGAAGUGGAUCUGAUACUCAGACAUUUUUGUCUGCAGUGCUCUUUGAAAUCUGUCAUUGAUAAUGGUGAUGAUUACUCUGGGUGUAGAAAUGAAGGCUGUGCCCAUCCAUGGAAGAAACUUCUCCAUCCAGCCUCCCCUCUGUCCCAGAUGUGCCUCCCCCUGCACUUCCAAGGGCAGAUCAGUCUCCCCUCUGCAGUCCUGCCAUGGGACAUGAUUUUCUGAGGCUUUUCUGACCUGUUCCAGUCAAGUGAACCCAAUUCAACCUUUUCCACUGUGAGUCUUGCUGAUCCAGCUCACUUGGACUGAAAUACAACAGCCUCCAUCAGCAAAUCCAAGGGAGGCAGAAAGGGAGGAAUAUGUCAUUGGCAGUCAUUAUUUCAGACUGAUGGCACCCACUGGUUCCCCUGGCCCAGCUGGAUCCAGGAGAGGAUGCUAGGCUGUGGCUUCAUUACUGCAAUGGCUGCUUGUACACCAGCAUCUCCUUUCUAGACUCCUGGCCAUGGUAUAGCUCAGCAAUAAGCACUUUCUUUUUUUUUUUUUUUUCCUGGGAGAAAGCUGAAAAAGAUUUAGCCUCUUUCUUUCUCACUCUCUCUCUUUAUAACCUUAAGAGACUUUACUAGUUGUUAUGUUUAACUCCUGAAAGUCUAAAAAUCUCUUGGAAUUAGAACAUACCAUCUUGCAAGUUUUUAGUCCAUGAAGUGACCUAGUGCCUUAGGCUAUUACAAAUAUUAUAGUUACAUUUUUAACCAUCGAGCUGUACAAUGCAAUGAGUGUCCAAGGCAUGCCCCAGUGUACCUGUCACAGACAUAGUCAGCUCAUCUGGAGGCCCACUUCAAAAUCCAUCACAGAAUGGUCCAGGUUCAAAGGGACCUCUGGAGCCCAUCUAGUCCAACCAUCCUGCUAAAGAAGGUUCACUUAGAGCAAGUUGCACAGGACCAUCUCCAUAGGGUUUUGUUGUUCAGUCCAUGAGAGAAGUGUCUGCCCAGCAAGGAGGAGGCAUAUCCCCACAUUCUGCAGAACUCCAGGACUCUGAAGAAGCCAAAUGGCCCCGAUGAAGAAUAUCAUGGGAAGUGUUACCACAGCUCCUACACACAGCUUGUCUAUAUGGCAGAGGUGUGGAGAUGCUGCUCAAAGGGAGAUCUGACCUCUCCUCCAGCCCCUCAUGAAUUUUCACUUAUUUAAAAUCCAUUUAACAUUUUCUAAGCAAGUUUUAACAGCAGAGAGCAUUUAUAAAACCUGUUUCAGCAAAUGACAAGUGACACUCACAGACAUGUUGUUAUAAAUCUCUACAUUUGAAACAGAAGUCUACCUGAGAAUAGGUUUUGUUUCCUCAAGAAAAAAAAUCUUCUUUGGCUCCCUGAGAGCCCAGGGUGUUGGGGAUAGCCCAAGAACAGAGAGCUGAGUGAAGCACGUCAUGUGUGACAUCAUGCCAUGCAUCACAUGUCAGGUGCCUCUAACAAGGUACAGAUUAUGUGUUCCUGUACUUCAUCUAACCCUGGAUGUAAUACUGGGCUCUCUUUUCAGCCAGACCCUUUCAUCUCUCUCCAACAACUUGUACCCAGCUCUGAUACCUCUGAAUACAUCCAAACCUCAGUCAAGUGUGCGAUUGCUGUGUGUCUGUGAUACAAAUUUUGACAGGGCUUGGCUCAUCCCCUAAACCCUGGAUGGCACAAAGGUUUCUUAUGCUGCUGGUCUACUGAACUUACACCAGCAAGUGCUGACACUAAAAAUGGCAGGCAGUCACUUUCUCUUACUUCAGCUGCUCAUCUGUCAUUUCACACCUCCCUUAGCCAGGUCACCACGGGGCAAAGCAAAUGUUUGUGCAUCAGAACAAAUGGCUGGGGACAGCAGGAAGGCAACAGCACCAGUUUAGCCAACAGGGUUGUCAACACAUUGGAAUAGCUACAAGUUCAGUGUCACCUCUGUUCCCUCUGUUGCUGCAUUAGGCUGAGCAGAGCCCAGGUGUGGCUCAGAGUCAGGGCUAUAAAUGAUGUGAUGUUUGUACAGCAGCAAGUUCCCAGUGCCAAGCCCUGUGCACAGAGAGGGAGGACAAGUCCAGGCUUCUGAAAACUGGCCACAAGUUCAUACAAACUCCCUGUAACCAGAAGGUGUAGGGCCACAGAUGGCAUGCCAUGGAGAAAUAAUAUUUACUGUAUGUAUUUUUGUCACUACCUUAAUAAAAGGGAGAGGAAAACCCCCAGGGUUUGUUUUUAAAUCAUCUAUUUUUGCAGAGGAAAUUCUUGCUUUUUGGGCAUGCUACAGCUUUCUCGAUCCCUAGAAGGAGUAAGGCAGUCAAACACAGAAGAUACAGCAGAUUACUAUAGCAGAAAAUAUAUUGAAGCUUUCACUGGAAAAUUAUUUUCAGGUGUUUUGAAGCUAUCUCUUAGGAUGUGUGUAUCAGAAAUGCCAAAGCAAAUAUUUAGAAGCAAAGUUCCCUUGUUGAACAUCCAGAGAUGACACCUUUAAGCAAGAGCCACGUGAGCUCCACAUUCACAUAUCUGAAUCCUAAAAGACAGGCAAGCAGCACAACCCUUCAGAUUUUCCUUACACUAAAAUGUUAAUAAGAUGCUUUAGUAUAACAUAUUAAAAAAGAAAAAAAGUAAUAUGUGCAAGCCCAUUUUUCUUUUCCUCUUUUGAAGUAUACCUAAUUUUCCUUUAGAAGUGUAUAUUCUUACCUCCCAGCUGACCCUGAUCCUGAAACUUUGUGUUGCCUGAAAACACUGCAGCUAAGCUGCUUCUGGUACCUCAUGUCCUCUGUGAACACAGUCCCACACUCCUUUCUCUGUGUCUGUCCACAGCAGACACACCCAAUUGUACACCCUCUCUUAUUCUGAAAGUUAGCAAAACCAUGAGAAUUUAAACUCAGAGGAUAAAAUGAAGUUAAAAGGAAGGUUCUCAGUGUGUACAGAACUAAAACUCUUAUUCAGGUGAAGGAUGGAUUGAAGCCUGUGCAGAACAAAAAUGUUACAGAGUAAAGUUACAGUAAUUCUUAUAGCCAAAUUUUAUCUAAACUCUCUUCGUAGAUUUUUGUAACACAGACCUUGCAUUUCCAAGUGCAACUGGGUGACAACACGUCUGUCAGCCAGCAUCUCAUCAUGCAUGUCAUCACAAGGCUUACACAUGAAAGUAUUUUGCAGCCCAAAGUUUAAAGUCCAAAAUUAAGAUUUUGGCCCUUUUUGUCAUCUUGUAUUGUGUAAACCACGAUGUUCAGUGUUGAACUCUUCGACCACUACUUCUUGCUUUGGUAUACAUAAUUACAGAGUCAACUUGUGCUCCAUUAUGUCUCCUAAAUGGAUGUUAAGGACAUAUUUCUCAAAGAUGCUUUAGCCUGAAGGGAAAUGAGGAAAAUGCAUGCCCUCUUUGAUGAAGGUGAGUUUUGAAAGGAGAGGCUUCAUUCACUUGAAGUGCAGAAAAUGAAAAACAGUUGCUAAAAGAUUGUUUCUGUUUUUCUACUCAGAGUCAAAUCUUGCUGCCUUCAUUCCUGUGUCAAUUCCUUAAUCCAUAUGCACCUUCGGUGACUCUGGUGGGAGAGCUCAGAGUCAAGUCCUCUUUCCUGUUGCAGUAGUGGAGUCUGGCCAUUAGGUGAUGAUGUGCGUAAGGAGUUUACUUGGGUAGUACUAAAUUGAAUUUACAUAGUAAAAUAUGAACCAUGAUCUAGCACUUUGUUUACAGGCUCCAUAUUCAUGUUUACAAAAUGAUGAUUUCUGAGGCUCAUGCUUUUUAUGUUUCCUGUAUGAAAAGGGCAGCCAGUGUACAGAUAUUUGUUAUGUUUACCAGCGUUUCUGAAUAGAUUUUUUUUAUAGUACAUGGUUUUAUGAAGUGUAAUAUUUUUAUAGCAGAAUGACGAUCUUUGGACUUUCUAUAUUGUUACCUACAAUUGUUUGCAAACAAGCUCUUUGCUCCUUUUUUUUCUCUGCACUGUAUCCCAUGUUGCUGCUGCUAAUGUUGCUGGCCUCAGCUGCUGCUGCCCCACUGUGACGUGGGCUGAUGGUAUUGUGAAACUGUGCAAACUAACUUCAAAGAGCUGUGAUUGUGCUGAAGGGCUGGCUGCAUGCUGGGUUCCUCCUGGCAGGAGGGAUGGGGAGCUGAACCCUACCAAGGCAAGAGUUUACUGUGGAUGGUCCCCGAGGAGAAGCCUCAGUGCUCACCUUUGUCUGUAUUCUGCCAUUUUGGUUUGGCAUGCCCAUCCUUUCCUUUCUUUAUAAAGAAAUAAAAAGAGAAACAAAAAGGA